AAUAUUAUUGUUAGUGGUGUUGAUAAACCAUAUGGCGAAGAUUAUUGGCGAGAAAUUCAAAUUGGUGAUCAAGUUAAACUUCGUUGGUUUCGAUCAUGUUUGCGAUGCUUAUUAACAACUAUUAACCAAGAAACAGGUAUUCGUGAUCCUAAUCAAGAACCAUGGAAAACACUUCAAACGUAA